AUGGCUGUCAAAGCCUCAAUCCUUGUCGCCAGUGCCAUUGCGACACUGGCACGGGCAGCGCAGCCCGGAGCUGCAUCUCCCAUCGCCGCGCCUAUGCGAGACCUCGUCUGGGGCAAGCUCAACUUCCUCCACACGACAGACACCCACGGCUGGCAUGGCGGACAUCUACAAGAAGCACAGUAUUCGGCUGACUGGGGUGAUUACAUAUCCUUUGCCGAACAUCUUCGCAAAGAAGCAGAUGGGCAGGGCGUUGAUCUGCUCCUUGUCGACACCGGCGAUCGCGUCGAAGGAAAUGGACUCUACGACGCCUCGAAUCCAAAGGGGAAAUACUACUAUGACAUAUACCGCGAGCAGGACGUCGACAUCAUAUGCACGGGGAACCACGAGCUGUACCAUGCCUCGACUGCCGAUGGAGAACACCUGCGGACCGUCCCGAACUUCCAGGACAAGUACGUUGCGUCCAAUCUGGACUACAUCGACCCUAAGACGGGACUGCAGAUCCCCAUGGCGCAGCGGUACCGCAAGUUCCAGACCAAGAACCAGAAGCUGAAUAUUGUCGCCAUGGGUUUUCUUUUUGACUUUACCGGAAAUGCCAAUAACACAGUGGUACAGCCCGUGAGGGAGACCAUCAAGGAGCAGUGGUUCCAGGACGCCAUCAGGGAGAACCCCGAUGUGUUUGUGGUGAUUGGUCACGUCGGCGUGAAGAUGCCCGAGUUCAAGGAGAUCUUCACAGCCAUUCGUAAGCAGAAUCGGUUCACGCCCAUCCUGUUCUUCGGCGGCCAUGUGCACGUGCGUGACGCGACGGCGUAUGACUCCAGAUCGUUCGCUAUCGCCAGCGGUCGUUACUUUGAAACGAUCGGCUGGAUGUCGGUGGACGGUGAUCUGAAGAGGGCAACCAAGGAUGUCGUCGUUGCUGCUGUCAAUGACGACGAGCCGUCUUCGACUGAGGCUGCGGGAUUCUCGUUCCACCGUAGGUACAUCGACAACAACCUACUGGGUCUCUACUAUCACACCGGGUUGAACAAGUCCACAUUUCCUACAGAGCACGGCCGAAAUGUGUCACAAAUGAUCGCCCAGGCCCGCAAGGAUCUCGAUCUGGACUACACGUUCGGCUGUGCACCAAAGAACCUGUGGAUGACGAGGGCGCCCUAUCCCUCCGAGGACAGCAUCUACACGUGGCUCGAGAAGGAGGUUCUUCCAGAGAUCGCCAUCAACGACGACAGGAAAGAUGUCCCUCGUCUGGUUAUCAUGAACACCGGUGCCAUCCGGUUCGAUGUCUUCAAGGGCAAAUUUACCAGAGAUACGACGUAUAUCAUCUCGCCCUUCCUCAGCGUCCUCAACUACAUCCCCGACAUCCCUUACGAGGUUGCCAGUAAAGUUAUCGGCUUACUCAACAACGCCGGGCGGAUCAUGGAGGAGCAUGCUCCUAUGGAUGCUCGAUUUAUGGCCAUCCCGGAGCAGUUCGCCAUCACACAGGACAUUAUUCAUGAGAAGCCAAUGCCUUCCUUCGCGAGUGAGGGUCUUGUGGACGGGCAAAAACCCCUGUCAGGUGAUGGCGGCUCUAAGAAGGAGCCCGUUUUGAUCGAAGGCUAUACGACAAAGGAUGAUAUUGGUGACGAUGGCGAUGAUGCUAUCCACUCUGCCAUCAACUUCUAUGUCGUGCCUAACUGCAUCCAGGCCGAAGUUGGGUUCUCGCCCAAGGAGGAGGACAAGAAGCCUGAAAGGGUUGAUCUCGUGUUCUUUGAUUUCAUUCAACCAUGGGUCAUGGUUGCGCUGAAGAUCUCCGGAGGCGACUACACUAAUGAUGAUGCCAAGAGAUAUGUCAAUGGGACCUUUACGGAAUUGAUGGCGGGCUGGAUUAAGGAGAAUUGGCCUGCUAACUGUUAG